CUCACCUCCUGCUGCGCCCCCCAAGGGGGGCCCCGAUGCCCUGCACCCGCCAUGGCCUGCCUGCACGAGACGAGGACGCCGUCGCCCUUGCUGGGCGCGGGGCUGGGCGCGGCAGCAGCCGGCACGCCGGAGGAGCAGGAACUGACGCCCACGCAGUGCGUACUGCGCGACGUGGUGCCCAUGCAGGGCAGCGGGCACAGCCCUACACCCAGUGACGAUGCCCGCCAGCCCUUCGCCAACAGCGUCCUGGCCCUGCACGAGGCUGACGGCGGUGCCGGGGUCUGCAGCCCCGAUGGGCGCCAGGGCCGGGCCCAGGCCGACCAGAUGCGGCUGCACUGCCAGGCUGGCGGCGGGUUCCUCGAGGGACUCUUCGGCUGCCUCAAGCCCGUCUGGACCAUGAUCGGCAAGGCCUACGCCACCGAGCACAAGCAGCCCCAGGAGGACCCGUGGGAGGUGCCUUUCGAGGAGAUCCUGGACCUGCAGUGGGUGGGCUCCGGGGCACAGGGCGCCGUUUUCCUGGGCCGCUUCCACGGCGAGGAGGUGGCCGUCAAGAAGGUGCGAGACCUCAAGGAGACCGACAUCAAGCACCUGCGCAAGCUCAAGCACCCCAACAUCAUCACCUUCAAGGGUGUGUGCACGCAGGCGCCCUGCUACUGCAUCAUCAUGGAGUUCUGCGCCCAGGGGCAGCUGUACGAGGUGCUGCGGGCCGGGCGCAAGGUCACGCCCUCGCUGCUGGUUGACUGGUCCAUGGGCAUCGCCGGUGGCAUGAACUACCUGCACCUGCACAAGAUCAUCCACCGCGACCUGAAGUCCCCAAACAUGCUGAUCACCUACGACGAUGUGGUGAAGAUCUCGGACUUCGGCACCUCCAAGGAGCUGAGCGACAAGAGCACCAAGAUGUCCUUCGCCGGCACCGUGGCCUGGAUGGCGCCCGAGGUCAUCCGCAACGAGCCCGUCUCCGAGAAGGUCGACAUCUGGUCCUUCGGGGUGGUGCUGUGGGAGCUGCUGACGGGCGAGAUCCCCUACAAGGACGUGGACUCCUCGGCCAUCAUCUGGGGCGUGGGCAGCAACAGCCUCCACCUGCCUGUGCCCACUGGCUGCCCCGACGGCUUCAAGAUCCUUCUGCGCCAGUGCUGGAACAGCAAGCCCCGGAACCGGCCGUCCUUCCGGCAGAUCCUGCUGCACCUGGACAUCGCCUCCGCCGACGUCCUCUCCACCCCCCAGGAGACCUACUUUAAGUCCCAGGCGGAGUGGCGGGAGGAGGUGAAGCUGCACUUCGAGAAGAUCAAGUCGGAGGGGACGUGUCUGCACCGGCUGGAGGAGGAGCUCAUCAACCGGCGCCGCGAGGAGCUCCGGCACGCGCUGGACAUCAGGGAGCACUAUGAGCGCAAGCUGGAGCGAGCCAACAACCUGUACAUGGAGCUCAACGCCCUCAUGCUGCAGCUCGAGCUCAAGGAGAAGGAGCUGCUCCGGCGGGAGCAGGCGCUGGAGAAGAAAUACCCAGGGCUGUUCAAGCCUCACACACCGCGCGGGCUGCUGCAUGGCAACACCGUGGAGAAGCUCAUCAAGAAGCGCAACGUGCCCCAGAAGCUGUCGCCCCACAGCAAGAGGCCGGACAUCCUGAAGACGGAGGUGCUGCUGCCCAAGCUGGAUGCAGCCAUGGCCCAGGUCUCGCUGCCCAGCUGCGCCAAGGGCCCUACGUCGCCAGGCCGCAGCCGGCGUGCCAAGCCCCGCUACCGGAAGGCCAAUGCCAAGGGCAGCUGCGGGGAGCUGGUCGGGCCCCCACCGAGCACGCCAGCCUGCCCCAAGCCUGGAGCACCGAGCCGGGGGCACCUGGAGCCCUGCGCGGCGCUGCGGGGGCUGCAGCAUGACCUGCUGCUGCGCAAGAUGUCGUCGUCCAGCCCCGACCUCAUCAGCACCACGCUGGAGGCCGAGGCCCGCAAGGGCGCUGCACCCCCAGUCUCCCGCGCUGCCGUCACCCGCGGCCAGAAACGCGGGGUGUCGUCAGAGGAAGAGGAGGGCGAGGUGGACAGCGAGGUGGAGCUGCCUCCUAGGCAGAGGUGGCCGCAAGGCCGGAACAAGCGGCCCUCGCUGUCGACCUUCAGCUCGGAGAACUGCUCGGACGGGGAUGGGGACGAGGGCCCAGGCAGCGCCAGCGAGGCCUCGCCCAGCGCGACACCCGACGUGGGCAGCACCAACACGGACGAGCGGGCGGACGACCGCUCCGAUGACCUGCUGUCCCAGGGCUCCGAGCUGCCCCUCGACCUGCCCCUGGGCCUGUCUGACGGGCUGUCCGAGAAGGCGGCUGCCGCCCGCCACGUCCGCAGCCAGCUCGGCGCCACCGAGGUGCUGGACGGGGAUGCGGGCGAGGACUCAGACUGCGACAGCGCGGAGCUGGACCACUCGGGCAGCGGCGAGGCGCACAGAGCAGGCGCCCCCGGCUCGUGAUCCCCCUCCCCCCUCACACUGCUGUACAGACCCCCCCCCAAAUAUUUAUAUACGUCCUCUAUAAAGCUCUAUAUAAAGCUCUAUCACGCAGCAGCGCCCCCCCAAUCACUCCCCUGCGCCCAACGGGUCCCUCCCCAGCCAGGAUUUUUGGGGAGGGGAGUACAGGGGGGCAGUGGGGUUCAGUCCAUGUGUGCAGCACCCACCCACCCACCCAGCCCGGGGCAGCAUCUGGGACCAAGGGGGCUGUGUUCCUCACCGCCACCCUUGACCUUUGGGGGGUGGUGGUCAGCCCCUCCA